AUGGUGAAUUUUUCAGUGGACCAGAUGCGCGAGAUUAUGGGCAAUCCUAAGAAUAUUAGGAAUAUGUCCGUUAUCGCCCACGUCGACCACGGAAAGAGUACUUUGACGGAUUCUUUGGUGUGCAAGGCUGGUAUCAUUUCCGAGAAGGCAUCCGGAACAGCGCGUUUCACCGACACGCGCGCGGAUGAACAGGAGCGUUGCAUUACAAUUAAAAGUACGGGUAUUUCUCUGUACUUCAAGCAGGAUUUAGACGAUGGGAAGGGCGAGCAGGAGUUCCUGAUCAACCUUAUCGACUCCCCGGGACACGUCGACUUCAGUUCUGAGGUCACUGCCGCGCUUCGUGUUACUGAUGGUGCUCUUGUUGUCGUGGAUUCCGUUGAUGGUGUUUGCGUGCAAACAAAGACGGUGCUGCGCCAGGCAUUGCAGGAGAGAAUCCGACCUGUGCUGCACGUGAACAAGGUAGAUCGCGCACUUCUGGAGUUGCAAAUGGACCCCGAGGAGAUCUACCUGACCUUUGAGCGCAACGUGGAGAACGUAAACGUCAUUAUUUCGACUUGCAGCGAUGAGAACAUCGGCGACAUGCAAGUGUUCCCCGAAAAAGGAACGGUGUCCUUCGGCUCUGGUCUACACGGAUGGGCAUUCACCAUCGAGAAAUUCGCAAAGUUGUAUGCGGCCAAAUUCGACGUGCCUAAGGAGAAGAUGAUGCAGCGGCUCUGGGGCAACAACUUCUACAACGCAAAGGAGAAGAAGUGGACACGGACUCAGACUGAAGGCUCUCAGCGUGCUUUCUGCCAGUUCAUCAUGGACCCCAUCUGCAAGCUCUUCUCCACCAUCAUGAACGACCAGAAGGACAAAUACGAAAAAAUGCUGACGACUCUUGGGAUCGAAUUGAAGGGUGAUGACAAGGACCUGACUGGCAAGGCGCUUCUGAAGCGCGUGAUGCAGCUAUGGCUGCCAGCUGGUGACUGCUUGCUGGAAAUGAUCGUCCGUCAUUUGCCUUCUCCUUGGGAGGCUCAGAAGUACCGUGUUGACACUCUGUACGAAGGUCCGAAGGACGACGAGGCGGCGAACGGCAUUCGUAACUGCGACCCCAACGCACCCCUGAUGAUGUACGUGAGCAAAAUGGUGCCCACAUCAGACAAAGGGCGGUUCUACGCCUUCGGUCGUGUGUUCUCCGGCACUGUCGCAACCGGCCAGAAGGUGCGCAUUCAGGGCCCCUACUACGUACCUGGGGAGAAGACGGAUUUGACUAUCAAAACUAUCCAACGUACAGUCAUCAUGAUGGGCAAGUACGUUGAACAGGUGCAGGAUGUGCCUUGUGGCAACACCUGCUGCCUUGUUGGUGUUGACAAGUUCUUGCUCAAGUCUGGAACCCUCACUACUUAUGACCAAGCACACAACAUCGCCGACAUGAAGUACUCCGUCUCGCCUGUCGUGCGUGUCGCGGUGAAACCGAAAGAUAUGAAGGAGCUGCCGAAGCUUGUUGAAGGAUUGAAGCGUCUGUCGAAGUCCGACCCUCUGGUCGUUUGCACAACUGAGGAAAGCGGAGAGCACAUCAUUGCUGGGUGCGGUGAGCUGCACGUGGAGAUUUGCCUCAAGGAUCUCAAGGAGGAAUACGCCCAGAUCGACAUCAUCGUCUCGGACCCCGUUGUGUCGUACCGUGAGACAGUCACAGCUCCUUCGUCUAUGACGUGCCUGUCAAAGUCGCCUAACAAGCACAAUAGGCUGUACAUGACAGCAGAGCCUCUUCCGGAGGGUCUGCCUGAGGCAAUCGAGACCGGAAAGAUAAGCUCAAAGGAUGGGCCCAAGGAACGCGCCAACGAGUUGAGCGAAAAAUUCGACUUCGACAAAAACCACGCGAUGAAAAUCUGGUGCUUCGGCCCCGAAACCUCUGGCCCGAAUAUCCUCGUCGAUAUGACGGUUGGUGUGCAGUACCUCAACGAAAUCAAGGACCACUGCAACUCUGCCUUCCAGUGGGCAAGCAAGGAAGGUGUGCUAUGCGAGGAGAACAUGCGUGGUAUCCGCUUCAAUCUGACAGACGUCACCAUGCACGCUGAUGCUAUUCACAGGGGCGCUGGUCAAAUCAUGCCCACUUGCCGUCGUGUGCUGUACGCCGCACAGCUGGUCUCACAGCCUCGCCUUCAGGAGCCUAUGUUCUUGGUGGACAUUUCCGUGCCUCGCGACUCUAUGGAAGGCAUUGACACUGUGUUGUUCAUGCGUCGUGGACACGUGUUCGAGGAGGACAGCAAGCCAGGAAAUCCUCUCGUGGUGCUUCGCGCAUACCUCCCCGUCGCCGAGUCCUUCGGGUUCACCACCGCCCUGCGUGCUGCGACUUCGGGCCAGGCCUUCCCUCAGUGCGUGUUCGAUCACUGGAGUUGCCUCAACGGCGACCCGCUUGAGAAGGGCAGCAAGAUGGAGGCUCUCGUGCAGGGCAUCCGAACGAGGAAGCACUUGAAACCUGAAAUUCCCCCUCUCGACCACUACUACGACAAGCUGUAA